CAAGAGUCCCUGAGUUCCCUCUUUCUCUCAUCCCCCUUAAGAAUACACGCAGACUCAUCCAACAAACAUACACAAACAUAUCACUCGCAUUAGAGAAGAAAGGCGAGGGAAGGAGAACAAACCCUUUCGAUAUCACCCUCUUUUUCUUUUUUUUUUUCCUUUCUCUCUUUUGUUAAAAUGCGAAUUCUCGGAUGCGCGUAUAUUUUACUCACUAUACUCACUUUCAAUUGCCAUGCUCUUGACAUACGAGCAGAACCAGUAGGCUCUGCACCUCAACAGCAGGAAACGGCACCCACCGCCACAAUAUCGGGAGCCACUCCUGCUGGCAACAGCUCGGUGGUAAACAACAACAAUCCGUUCGCAGGCAAACCAACGUACGCCUCAUACAACAACGAUAUUCCACCUGCGUAUCUGACAUGGAAAAAACCAGUACCCAAUCAAACGUUCCCGCCUUUAUUCAAGAUUGGUGUGUCGAAUAUCACGUUUGAAUGGUCCGUCGAUCCCGAUAUGCUCAAAGUGCAACCUGAAAACUUGACAGUGGCGUUAGCGAACCCUCAAAAACAAACGUACACUGCUGCAAUCGUGGCCGGUUCUGCCACAUCGGCUAAUUGGAACUUGGCGGAUAUCCCGCCUGGAUCGCCGUUAAUGAUGGGUUACUAUACCGUUUGGGUCUAUGAUCAGCGCGGGCCAAAGGCGUUCCCAAGUCCUGGUUGGUUAAUGCCGGAUUCUCGAUUGGUCGUGGCCAUGUAUAGUACAGAAGCAUACGUGGGUCGAACAGACUGUAUGUUUUACUCUACGUUGUUGUGGUUUGGCAAAAGUCUCUCUUUAUGCAGAUGUACUGCAUAUACAUACACACUUGCAUAGAAGACGGAAACUAAUGUCGCUUUUUUAUACAUAUACAGCCAUGUUUUGCCCAACGUGUUACUUGGGUGCCGGAGCCGGAUCCCUCCGUGACAGCCUGCUACCGUGGGGAAUCACACUAGCCGUCGCCAUAUGUAGUUCCGG